AUGGCAACAACAACUAUGAAAGCGCUGAACUAUAUUGGACCUUACCAGGUUCGGGUUGAAGAAGUCGAAAAGCCGAGAAUGGAACAUCCUGAUGAUAUUAUCGUGAAGGUGACUACAGCUGCCAUUUGCGGUUCGGACUUGCAUAUGUACGAAGGGAGAACAGCCGCCGAGCCAGGGAUUACGUUCGGUCACGAGAACAUGGGAAUCGUGGAAGAAUUGGGUGAGGGAGUUACACUGUUGAAAAAAGGAGAUCGUGUCGUUAUGCCCUUCAACGUCGCCGAUGGUCGGUGUCGAAACUGCGAGGAAGGGAGAACUGCAUUCUGCACCGGUGUCAACCCUGGCUUUGCUGGCGGUGCCUACGGAUAUGUCGCAAUGGGUCCCUACCGCGGAGGCCAGGCACAGUACAUCCGCGUCCCGUAUGCCGAUUUCAAUGCUCUUAAGUUGCCUCCGGGUAAAGAGCAUGAAGCAGACUUCGUUCUUCUAGCUGAUAUCUUCCCAACCGGCUGGCAUGGUGUGGAAAUUUCCGGAUUCCAAGCAGGUGAAAGUAUUGCAGUAUUCGGUGCUGGUCCUGUCGGACUGAUGGCCGCAUACUCUGCUGCUCUACGAGGAGCGUCUAACAUUUACGUUGUUGAUCGCGGAGACGCUGUCGAUCAAAUAAUCAGUCACAACGGGGAUAUGGUUGAUCGCUCGGUGGAUGCCGUUGGAUACCAGGCUGUCGACUCCAACGGUUCUGCUGAAAAGGCAAAUAUUGUUCUUGAAAACAUGAUUCGCGUCACACGGGCUUGUGGUGGGAUGGGAAUCCCUGGAUUAUACGUUCCUAGCGAUCCUGGUGCAGCCGACGCCGCCACUGCGAAUGGAAUGAUCAGCCUUAGCUUUGGAAAGUUGUUUGAAAAGGGUCUUUCCCUUGGUACCGGGCAAUGUAAUGUCAAGUCCUAUAACCGAUACCUUCGAGACAUGAUUAUUGCUGGCAAAGCAAAGCCCAGCUUUGUGAUCUCGCAUGCGAUUGCACUUGCAGAUGCCGAGACUGCUUAUGAGAAAUUUGACAAAAGGGAGGAUGGGUACACAAAAGUGAUCAUCCACCCGAAUGGUGGGUUCUAA